AUGUUGGCUCCUUUCUUUCUGCAGGCGCUCAGCUUCCCUUACGUUCUCUCUGCCCUGCUGCUGCUGCUGUUUCCCGGGAAAGCCCUGGCAGACGCUGCAGGGGCGAGUGACGGCAGGAGAGGUGGCAACCAUGGAGAUGAUGUUACUGUGAGCAUCCUGGUCUGCCUUCUGCUGCUCCUUCUCCUCAUGCUCUUUCUGGCGUGGCAGCGGCUGAGCCGUGAGACAGCAGGGAGAUACCAUCCCCGGCACCUGAUGAGGGGCCUGAUCCUCCGCUGGCAAGAGUUUUGUGGGGAGGCAAGUGCUGAGGACGCAUCCCAGAGCUACCGGGACGAAGAGCUUGGGCAGCAGCAGCAGGAUAAUGACAUGGAGGACGAGGAGGACGAGGAGCAGCAGCUCCCGCAGGGAGACAGCGAGCAGGAGGAGGAGAGGCAGCUGAUCCCCAGCAAGAGCAUCAAUGCCGAGCUGCACCAAGAUGCUGGGGUGCAGGAGCCCCCGGAGGAAGAGGGGGCCUCCCGGGCAACAGAGGGCCGGGCCGAAGCCCUGCUCAGCGGCCUGCAUUCCUUCUCUGGGACAGCUACCUGGGAGGACAGUGGCAAACCACUGCAUGUCACUGCCCUCUAGAAGCCACAGGAAGGAGGGCAGAAAGGAGCCCCUGCAAAGACAGCCAUGGACAGGAGUCACACUCGGCCACGAUCUCAUCGGACGGCCGCCACAGGUUAAGUCCCACGGCCAUGGUAGGGACUGUGCCUGUCCCGCUUUGCCUACCUCCCCUUCCUUGUUUGUGCCCACAUACUUGCUUGUUCUAGUCUCUCUCAAGAAGAGGCUGCCUUUUUUGGUUUCUUUUUUUUAAGCACCUUCCCUCUGACAAUAAAGCGACGGGGAGAAGGCUGCACUCAACAGCCUCCUCCGUGGGUGGGGCGACUAAAGCGUA